AUGCAGACUGCUUCUACAAACAUUUGUGAAAGAAUGGGUCGCUCUCAGGAGCUCAGUGAAUUUAAGCCUGGUGCGGUUAUAGUCUGCCAACUGUCCAAUAAGUACAUCUAUGAAAUUUCCUUGUUACUAUAUAUUCUAGGGUCAACUGUUAGUUGUAUUACAACAACGUGGAAGUAACUGGGAACAACAGCAACUCAGCCACAAAGUGGUAGGCCACAUAAAAUGACAGAGCAGGGUCAGCACAUGCUGAAGCGCACAGCAGAAGUCACUAGCUGUCUGCAGAGUCAAUAGCUAAAGACCUCCAAACUUUUGAAGGUGUCAGCAUACCAAGACAUUUUGGACAAUUUGGGGAUGGCUCCUUCCUGUUCCAAUAUGAUUGUGCACCAGUG